AUGAAUACCCCCCUCGUAGUGCUCGCCUUUGCGGUACCAGUCCUCUUGUACAUCAGCCUUCCUCUCCUCGGCAACGUUGUCGGCAUGCCUAAAGGGAAGCCAUGGGUAGUAUACCGAGACCUCUGCGCCAGCUACGGACCUGUCGUCCACCUCAAUAUCCUUGGACAAUCGAUCGUCGUUCUCGGAGACCCCCGUACGAUCUCCGAGCUGCUCGAGAAGCGCUCCGCGCACUCCUCGGACCGGAAGCAGACGCCUCUCGUUGACUUGAUCGGCGCGUCGUGGAACUUCACCUGGAUGGCGUACGGCACGCGCUGGCGGCGUCACCGCCGCGCGUUUUGGCAGUACUUCAAUCAGAACGCCGUGCAAUCGGCGCACGAUACCCAGCGAGACGCCGCGCGGAGGUUCUUAGGCGCUGUGCUCGACGAGCCCGCGCGUGUGGAGGAUCACGUGAAGUUCACGUUCGCGGCGACAGUGCUAAAGGUGCUGUAUGGGAUCGAGGUCGAAGCGGGCGAUCCGGACGGGUACGUCGCCGCGGUGGGCGCCGCCCUUGAAGGCGUCUCGCAGGGCAUGGUCCCGGGCAGGUUUGCGGUCGAGUACUUGCCGUUCCUGAAGACGGCGCCAGCGUGGGUCCCUGGGUCGGGUGAACAACGCAUGUUCAAGAAGUGGCAGGCGGCAGGAGACGUGUUGAAGCAGAAGCCGUUUGGGUUUGUGAAACGUGAGAUGACCAAUAGUCAGGAAUAG